UUGCCUCUCACACCUGCCCCGCUCUCUUGCUGCCAGAUCUAGACAUGGCUCAAGAUCCCAAGGCCGGCCCUGCCCAGCCAGGCCAGAAGAGGCAGCACGGCACCGGCGUUUUCUGGGUCUAUGAAUACCAGAGGAUCCGGAUGCCCCCACUCAUCAACCACAUGCCUGUCAAGAUCCAGAGGGCCCACAUGGGCAUGGGGGUCAGGAGCGGCUUCAGCCCCCAAUGGGUCUCCAGGAACAGCCCCCUGCCCUCUGGGCAGAAAAAGUUCCGCACCGAGGAGCUGCAUGACAUCCAGGGGGCGCUGUGGCACAUCAAAGCCCAGGUGGACAGUCUGCUGCACAGCCUGGAGCGCAUUGACCGGCAGCAGGUCCCACCCGCAGCCACAAAGGACAGUGGGAAAAACAGGAGUCCUGGUAGCAAGGGCUCCUCCUGCAGCUCUGAGGCCCCGCAGAAGCCCCGGAGCAAGGGGGCUGGUCCAGAGGCAGAUGGCUACGAGGGCGGCACAGACACGGAGUGGACAGUGAAGAACCACGCUGAAGACCAGGCCAGCCAGGAGGCAGCAGGAACCCCUCCAGCCUCAUCAGCUCCUGGCAUUCUCGGAUAGAUAGCUCCUUGCCUUGCGU